UGCUGAUUAAAACAGACAGCGGAAUAGAGAGAGCGAGACAAGAGAGAGCAGGAGGGAUACAGAGAGAGAGAGAGAGAGAGAGAGAGAGAAAGGAGGGUGGGAGGAGAGCCGGUAGCAGCAGCACUCAGAGCUGGCAAGGGACUCCAGUCUGAAUGGGCCCAGAUGGUGCUGAAUGGAGCAUGGGCCAGGUUUUAGGGUUCGUCCACUGCAAGGAAUCUGGUUCUAUAUCCACCACGCCUGACUCCACCCCUUCCAGCGCUGAAGGCGGAGAUAAGGAGGAGGAUUUCCCCGAGCUGCAGACGGCUCAGGACUGGUCAGAGGAUGAAGAGGAGGAGGGGGGCGGGGGGGGCAGCUCACUGGUCUGGGGCACCCCUUACCAGAACUCCAGUGAGCUCACCUUCUCCUACAUCACCUUCUCAGAACCUGAGGCCGGUCAAUCACGACGGGACUCUGUGGGGGCGCGACGGAGGCGGAGUCGUCCGGUUGGACUGAGCAGGACUGACACAGCCGAAACCCUCCUCCUCGACACAACCAGGAGCUCUCCGCUGGGGGAGGACUCCUUUGCGCAGUGGGAUCCCGCUUUUUCCUUGGCGGAAGAUUCCAAGACUUGGGAACAGGGUUUAUCCGAGGACCUUCAGGGCGCUCCCGAGCGGAGUUUGCAAUACCAUCUCCAUUUAGGGGUUUCAGAGCCCUUGGGAGAACUGAUGGACAGAAUUCCGGAUGGACAGAUUUCCGAGACGGAGGAUGUCCCUCCCGGAAGUUCAGUAAUCCCAGAGUCGCUGCAGUCCGGCGCUGACCCCUGUGUGACCUCCGAUACCACCACGCUGCCAGGGGCGGGGCAUCAGGACAUCACCUCGCACUCCAUUGGUCUGGACACUCAGGAAGAGCAAAUCAGUGAGCAGUGGCACACAACGUUAACCCAAUCAGAGAGCCCCGAAGGAGGAAUGCUCCUAUCAGUGGUCUCGGACCUCAUCUACUGGAAGGACUCCAAGCAGACAGGAGCUGUGUUCACCGGCCUGGUGGUGGUGCUCAUCUCCCUGUCUCAGCUCAGCAUCAUCAGUGUCAUCUCCAACUUGGCCUUCCUCCUCAUGUGUGUCACUCUGGGUAUGCGGCUCUACACCAAGAUCUUGCAGGUCUUGAACAAGUCUGACGGAACCAGCCCCUUCCAGAAAUACCUGGAUAUGGAUAUCAGCCUUGCUGAGGAACAGACUCAGCACUAUGUCGACAGGGUCAUUUCAAUGGGCACCACUGCCGCCAUUGAGCUGAGGAGACUCACACUUGUUCAGGACUUUAUUGACUCCUUGAAGUUUGCAGUGCUGAUGUAUAUGCUGACCUACAUUGGAGCGGUGUUCAAUGCCCUUACUCUCCUCAUUAUAGCUGUGAUCUCUGCUUUCUGUCUGCCGCUGCUUUACAGACAACACCAGGCACAGAUUGACCAGUAUGUUGAGCAGGUCAGAGCACAUAUCAGUGACAUCCGAGCAAAGAUCCAGGCAAAAAUUCCAAGUGCCAAACCCAAGGAAGAGUGAGUCAGGGUCCCCCGGAAAACUCCAGAACACGCAAAGUCCUCAUUGUCAAUUUUAUAUAACGUAUAGAAAUCUAUUUCUGAUGUCUGUCUUACCCGUUGGGCUUCAGGGAGAGAGGAAUGACAAACAGCAAAGACUCAUACAAAACUUGAAUCCUUUAAAAAGACAUUGGGUGAUCUUGCUUAAUAAUGUUCCCAAGACAUUCUAAACAAAAAUGAAAAACAGCAAAAUAUUAGUCAAAUCAAUAAAACUGCACAGAACACAUCUGAAUAAUAUUCCCUAAUCACUUUGAAAACCUACACAUGCAUACAAGUUUUCAAACAUAUUGUUCGGUGCAUCGUCAUGACAUUUAAUAUAAUGCUACAAAAUGGUAUUAUUUAAUAGACCUAAGGUCUAAAAAUAGGUAUUUCAUGAUUAAACAUAGUAUGUAUUCAAGCAGAAAAAAAACAAACAUGUGAACUGUCCUUUUCUUGUACUAGGCAGAGCGCUCUUUAGCAGAAAUAUUUCCCAUCUUUGAUGCAGCUGGUUGAAUGGUUGAAGACAUUUUAAAGAAAUCGUGCAGAUCUAUGCAAACUAAACUGGCUGCCGGGUUCCGAAAUGCAGUGUAACAGGUCUAAUCUGUGAUAAGCAUGAAUAAAUACAGCCUUGCCCGUGUUUUCAUUAAUAAAAUAUUGUUUGAUAAUCCUGAAAAACUCCUGAUUUUGAAAAACAGUUGUAUAAAUAAUCUAACUUACAUUUAAAGAAAACAACUUCAAAUACCACCCAAUGUCUCUUGAAAUAUAAACCCUGCCUCCAGGUAUAAACCCCGCCCCCUGGUAUAAACCCCUCCUCUAUACAAAAUACCCCUCUCCAAUCUCCACCCAGUGACUACUCAUUCUUCUUCCAUACAAUCACCCCACUAAACGAACCGAAUUUAUGAAUGCGUUUAUUUAUUUAUUUAUUUAUUUAUUAGGUUUGAAAACCCUGGUGGAAUCUUGCUUCUUACCCCUCAUUGUAUACCACUGCAUACUUCUUCUCUCUCAUUCCAGAGAAAUUGGUGAUGAUAAGGAUAAAUAUGGUCAAAGAUUCAGCAGCAAAACCAAUUCUAGACUCUCUCUGUGUUUAAAAAAAAAAAAAAAAAAAAAAACCUACCGUCUGUCUUUACUUACAGUAAUUCCCAUCCGAAUCAAAUAGAUUGAACCUAAGUGUAUUUCCCGCGUAAAACCAAUGCCCCAAGGUUCACAGCAAUGGCAACGCUAUGGAUUUGGAUCCUGUGUUGCCCACUGGAUUAGCAGAAGUGUGUAUUGUGUGGCCAUACCAUUCAUUUCAUUGGUAUUUCAAAGUAUGAGCCCACUAUGGUGUUUUACCAAUAGCAGGUUCAACCCUUUGUAUAGUCUUUUAUGCUGUUGCCAUUGAAGUGGCCCCAAUGGAUAACGACUCUCUACGGAAGCUGUUUCAUGUGCCUCCUCGCCAGUGUAAAAUAUUGGAUUGUUUCAGCUUCGGCUUGUAACGCUGCUGAAAGUCUUAAUAGAGGAUUCAGAUCCAAAUGCCGUUCUUUUUGUAUUGUUAGCAAGUAAAGGAUUACUCUUCAACAACUUGCAAUAAAAGUAGCCAAAAGAA